CGCGCGUGUUAUCAUACGUACGUUACAAAGGUCGCGUCUUUUCGUAAGAUUUUCUAACAAUAAGUCGGUCAAGUCAAGUUAUAAUCUUUCAGUCCCGGGAGUGUCGCGCUCGCGAGUGAAUUGCGGCAAGUGAUUACGUGGAAAAGUGUCUCAUUUCACGUCGUAAGAGCAUGGAAACAUGGCGUCACAUUGCGUACAUCGUGCUUGUCUAUCGCCGGCGUGAGAAUUAUUCCGAUAUCUAAUUUCCUAUGAAUAUUUCUCGUCUCGUCGAAACCGCGAGUGUGAGUGAAUUUCGACAGUGAAAUUGAUUUACGCAGGCGAAGUCACGCGAUUAACUUCAACUCGUUGCGUCGCGAAAGAGACGACAAUAUGGCGCUUUUGCGACGACAAUAUCUGCGUCGCGCAUAAUGGCCAACGACGUCGCGUGAGUUUGCUUGAAAUUUCCAGUUUUGUCGCGAGUGAGUGAAUUUUGACAGAUGGACGAGAUUCACGCGGUUAGGUUAGGUUAGCGCUUUCGAAUUCGGUGAAAAGUGCGUCGCAAUAAAUCGAAAUGUGCGGUAACGAAUGCGCGAAAAUCGUCGUCGGACGAUUAUUCGGACCCGAGAUAUUUCGAAUAAUAAAUGAUCGCGCGCGGACAAAUAUUCGAUCGUGUGAAACACCGCCUCGAAAAUGAAUAUCGCGUCGCGGAGUGUCAAAAUGCACAAAAACGGGGACGACUCGAACAUUCGUUAUAAAUUUUCUGGUCUUGUUGGACAUCGCCCUGAAAUGAAAACGACGCCAUGGACGUGAACGUCAAACACGAUCGACGAGAGCGGGGCUCAUACAUCGUUUCGGCUCUCGGGUUGCAGUUGUGACAAUGACGGAUAUCGCCUGAGAGUCGAACGAGACGCGAACCAGAUUAGAAUGGUUCGAGGGUGAAAUCGCUGAAAAGACGUUCGUCAGUAUGUUGCGGAUAUUGAUAGUGGUGACGUGCAUCAAGAUAUCGACGCUCGCCAGUGCACAGUCGAAAGGGACUACUUCCUUCGAAGAUGCGAAUAGCGACGAACCUGAUCACCCAAUACCCAUGGAGUCGAUACAGGGGGUGGAGGGUCAGAAGGCAAUCCUGCCGUGUAACAUACAACCCCGCGAGUCGAAUGACGCUGUCUCCAUGGUGCUCUGGUUCAAAGAGGACGGCGGCGAACCCCUGUACAGUUACGAUGCGAGAAGUCGACAGUUUGGGAAAGCGAAGUUAUGGAGCGCAGCUCAUUUUUGGGGCCAUCGGGCGUCUUUUCGUGCGAACCCACCGGCGCAGUUGACAGUUCAGGAUCUUCGGCAGAGUGACGAGGGUGUUUACAGGUGCAGAGUCGACUUCCGGAACUCGCCGACAAGAAACUUGAAAGUUAACCUCACCGUUAUCGUGCCACCGAAAAAGCCGAUAAUCUAUGACGCGAAAAGGCGGGACAUGAGUAAACUCCUCGAAGCGUAUCCCGAGGGAGCCGACCUGUUCCUAGUCUGCGAGGUGCACGGCGGAAAACCAAGACCGCAGGUCUCUUGGUAUCUGGAAUCGCAGAACAUUCAUGCAUCCACUGAAAUUCGAGAGACGCAAGGUCCUAACGGAGAGAUCAACGUCGUAACCAUCAGCAACGUGACUUUGAAGGCUCUCACAAGGCGACAUCAUCACGCCAAACUGUCCUGUCGAGCGAAUAACACUCAAUUAGCGCCGCCACCCACCACCACCAUCGUCAUAGAGCUUAACAUGAAACCGAUGAAGGUGGAAAUUUUGGGGAAGGAUCAGAUCCUAUCGGCAGGGAAGACGUAUGACGUGAAAUGUCAGAGCUCCGGUUCAAAGCCAGCGGCGGUCCUGACCUGGUGGAAGUCCUCGAAGCAGCUGAAGGGGAUCAAGAAAAACGACGGCAUGAGUCUGCUGCAAUUCACGCCGACGGUGGAGGACGAGGGAAAGUUCCUGGUGUGUCGUGCUGAGAAUCCGAAGCUACCGGAAGCCGGUAUCGAGGACCGAUGGAAGCUGCAAGUGCACUUUGCGCCUAUUGCCAAUUUGAAGAUGGGUUCCACCUUAAAUCCGAAGAACAUUAAAGAGAGCUCGGACGUUUAUUUCGAGUGCAACAUCAGGGCGAAUCCCAAGUUUAAUAAAUUGGCUUGGUUCCAUGAGAAGGAGCAGCUGCAUCAUAACGUCACUGCCGGUGUGGUGCUCUCGGACCACUCGCUGGUGCUGCAGAGUAUAACUCGAGAGUCCGCCGGAGGGUACACCUGCGUGGCCGGGAACGUCGAGGGCCGCACCAAAUCCAACACAGUCAAUCUCGAGGUUAUGUUCGCGCCCGUUUGCAAGCACGUGCUGAACUCAGGAGGCUGGAACGCUACCCCGCCACCGUUCAACAUGCCCGAGGAGGUCCACGGUGCUCUGAAGCACGAGACCAUAAGUUUAGUUUGCGAGGUCGAGGCCAAUCCCACCAAUGUGACCUUCCAUUGGACCUUCAAUAAUAGCGGCGACCUCAGCGAGAUUCCGUCCACCAAGUACACCAACGAGGGCACAACCAGCAGGCUUAAUUACACCCCGUCAACCGAUAUGGAUUACGGAGUCCUAGGCUGCUGGGCCAGCAACGCUGUAGGUCAUUCCAAGCAACCCUGCCUCUAUCAAGUCAUUGCCGCAGGCAGACCUUACCGGUUGGAGAACUGUACUACCUAUAACCUGAACGGUUCCUGGGUGAGGAUAUCUUGCGUCGCGGGAUACGACGGCGGUCUGCCUCAGAAAUUCGUCGCCAUCGUAGGCAAACGACGUCUAGAGUCUCCGAGCCCUUACUGGGAAUUCCAGAUGCUCAAGCCGGCAAAGGUGGCCCUUUACGCGGUAAACGCGAAAGGUUCCAGCGAGCCACACGUCAUAGAAGUGGUCUUGAAAGGAGUAGCCAAGUUUACCGGCGAAUCGACGUCCUCGGUCGAUAUGUCACCCAUCCUGCUUGGACUUGGUGGCACAGCGACCGGUUUGGGGUUAAUCGUGACCGGUGUGCUAAUGGCACUUUGGAGGAGGCACGCGGCCACCCCGGCGAAGCCGAAACCGCCGCAGCAGCCUAGCAUCGCGACUUUCGCGGAAAAGGGCGAGGAGGAAGACGGAAAUCCAGAUCUCAUACCUACGACGGCCUUGACCAAUCAUCUCACCGUAGAACGCUUUUGAAGCAUUGCGAGAAAAUCCACUGUAUCAAAUUACAAAAUGUUGAGAUGGGGGAUUUACUAUUUAAAUCUUACAAGCGCCCCUUUAAGAAAGGACCGAUGGCAUAUCGUUCGGGCAUAACCGGCCAUCUCAUUCGGUGAAUUUCUACUUAGACUGAUGAAACUGCCGCAUUUAUACGAGGAUUUCAAGAAUAUCGGGUUUUGCCUUAGACAGGAUAGCAUGCAUUAAUGGUACUCUCAAGAAAAUUGCGCACAUGGUAUACGGACAGCUCUGGGGUAUCGGCAUAUGCAUACACGCAGCGCAAGGGAAUACAUGCAUAUGCAUAUAUGUAUACACGCAGAAAUAUGUACGCGUUCUGUAAUCCAUACGAGAGAGGAUAGUAUCUACAAGGGAGAUUCCAAAAGAGGCAAUAGUAUUUUACGAAGCGAUUUUAGGUCACAAUCUCACUUCUUGAGAUUGAAAAUGUAAUGCAUCUAUUAUAAUU